UCCCCUGAAGCCAGAGCUGCUGUCCUGUGGCCCAUAACAGGAGUCACCACUUUGGAAGGCCGGGCACCAUGAGGCAGCAGUGGACCAGGCGCGCGAGUCUCUCGGCCAGCCUGAAGAUUGGGGAUCACCGGGGCCGCUGCCGGACCCCGGAGGAAGAGGAAUGCUACAUCCCAUUUGCACAGGACAGCCUGAUAAGGCAAUGGAACUCCAUGCAGAACGUGGCAGAUGGUAACCAGAAGAGCCAGACUCCCAUCCAAAGGAACAAGUAUCUGCUCAACAUUAAUGUGGGUGGCAAAUUGUUCCAGAUAGCUUACAAGGUACUGGCCCGGUAUCCCAUCACCCGGCUUGGGAAGCUGGCGCUCUAUACGGACCCCAUGAAGAAGCUGCAGCUCUGUGAUGACUACUUGGUGCAGAAGAAUGAGUACUUCUUUGACAGAGAUCCUUCAAUUUUCCACUACAUCUUCCACUUCUACCGCAGUGGGGUCCUGUGGGUGAUGGAUGAGAUGUGCCCCAGUAACUUUGUGGAGGAAAUUGAGUACUGGGGAAUCCAUUUGAAAUACUCCCAGCGCUGCUGCCGGAUCCUGUUAGAGGAAAAGCGAGAUGAACUCAGUGAGUACCUGAAAAUAGAGAAGCAGCUAGAGGCAGAACUGGAGCCCCUGGAGUCAGGGACGCAGUUUGAUGGCAAGUUUCUGGGUCGGUUUCGGAAGAUGGUCUGGAACCUUAUUGAGAACCCGUACUCUUCUGUCCCAGCCAAGAUCAUUGCUGUCAUGUCGAGCUUCUUUGUGCUUAUCUCCAUUGUGGGCAUGACAUUGAGCACAGUGGAGGAGAUGAAAAACAAGACGGGGAAAAUGUGGAUGGAGCAGAUGGAGAUGAUCUGUGCCAUCUUCUUCACCUCUGAAUACCUCAUGCGGCUCAUAUCCUCCUCCAGCUUCAAGAAUUUUCUGCGGGCGGCGUUUAAUGCUGUAGACCUGGUGGCCAUCCUGCCUUUCUACAUCCAGAUCCUCUUUGAAAAUCUGGAUGAUGGAGACAUGCAAUACCAUGAGGAGCUGCACAAGGUGGAGAAUGUGAGCAAGCUGGGCAAAGUCCUCAAGCUCGUCAAGCUCAUGAGGAUCUUCCGCAUCCUCAAGCUGGCACGUCACUCCACUGGCCUCCGGGCCUUCAGCUUCACCAUGCGCCAGUGCUAUCAGCAGGUUUGCUGCCUUCUCCUCUUCAUUGCCAUGGGGGUCUUCACCUUCUCUGCUCUCAUACACUCGGUGGAACAUGAUGUCCCUGGCACUGACUUCACCAGUAUCCCCUGCGCGUGGUGGUGGGCAGCGGUCAGCCUCUCCACUGUGGGCUACGGAGACACUGUGCCUGACACAAUACUCGGCAGGAUGGUGGCAUUUUUCUGCAUCUCCUUCGGCAUCAUCCUCAAUGGAAUGCCCAUCUCCAUCCUCUACAACAAAUUUUCUGACUACUAUGCCAAGCUGAAGGCCCAUGAGAUGAGCCAGUCACUUCAGCUUUCCAGGAGGAUCCACCUGAAGAAGCGAGUCCUGCAGAAGUUCUCAGAGUGCUGGAGAGCUGACCCCCGCUAUUACCGCUGACCACAGGCUCCCCACCGCCCAGACAUCCCCUGUCCUGGCCAUCCUCCCAGUAGGUCCCGUCCCCCAGGGAGGCUCCAAGCUGUGGGCAGAGUCACAUCAGUGCUGGGGCUCUGCUGCUGCAGAGGGGUUGCUCCCAGCUGGGACCUCUCUCACUGCUGGACAAUGCUGUCCUGCAGAGCAGUCAGUCGGGGCUGUAUGGCCAGGGCAGGAUGUUUGUCUGCCAUGGGCUGAGGCAAGGGGCACCCUGACAUCAUGGGGAGUGAGGGAUGGGACUGGACUGUCACCUGUGUGAGGCAGGUAGCCCAGUGUGACUCAUGUGCAGGUGCUGCUCCAUUUCCCACUGAGUGGGACACACCCAGGCUCCCACUGCCCAGGGCCCUGUGACUCCCUCCCAGCCAAGCAGCCCAGGCCUAGUCCAGUGUGGGGAUUUGGGUGAAGGCCCAGAGGAAAGGCUCACAGCCAUGCAUCCUUCCAGCCAAAUCUGCUCUUCUUCCCAUGCCCUGGAGUUUGGGUCCUGACUUGGGGUGCUGCUGUGAUGAGACCCACAGGCACUGUAGGCUACAGAGCUUGCAGCCAGAGCACCCCCACAAACAGGAUUUAAUAACCAGGCCCAAACCUUCAUUGUCAUGGAUUCUUGUCCAGCCACUGUGUGUGGUUCAGUAAACUGCUCAUCAUUUGGAGUGAGGAGAAGACAUCUCCCCAGGGCUCACAAGUCCAUCAGUGCAGGGACAGAGCUCUCAGAGAUGCAGACAAGCCUGUCCAUGCAUUAGUUUUGGAAUGAGGUACCUGGGCCUGGGUGCAUUGGAACUGGAGCUGGGACGUGCAUAUGAUCAGGACACACCUGUUGGCUCUGCCCUGUGUUCACAUCAUGGGAGGCAGUGGGGAACAUGUCUGGGGGGCACAGGGCAAGGAUUUGUCCUCCAGUGUGGGACCAUGUCCAAUGAAAGAGCCUCCUGAAGGGAUAUACCCUUCCCUUGAGUAAGAUGGAGAGAGGGACCUUGGGCUGUGGGAAAGGUUGGCGUGGGAAGGGCCAAGAGCUGCUGGUGCUGCUUCCAGAUGAGCAGGGGGAAGAAACUGGUGCCAGCCAGGCCAGGGUGCAAUUCACUCACUUGUGAGCUGGAGAUGCAGAGGUGCUAGGGGACUCCUGGUAUCAGCCUGGGACUGGGGCCAAGGUGCUGAUGUUGGAAACUUGGAAAGAAACUUGGAGGAGCUGAGUGCUCUGGCAGGGACAGUCACACUCCUACUGAGAGCUGAACUGCAGGGGACAAGGGAGCUGUGCCACCAGGUGUGAGGGGACCCCUGCUCUGACUACCAACACCUACACCCACUCCCCGGUAACCCACAUUGACACCCACCCUCUGUACACCUGACCCCACAGCCUUGGGCAGCUCUGGUUUCCACCCCCUUUCUCUUCCAUGAGGAACAUUCUCUCUGGGCACAGCAGUGUCCUCUUACCAUCUUCCCCCAGAGCUCUCCUGCCCCACUGUCCUGGUUUCAGCUGCAGUAGAGUUCAUUUUCUUCCCAGUGUCUGGUAUAAUGCUGUAUUUUAGAUUCAGGGUGAGCAUAUUCUUGAUUGCACAGUGAUUUCUCAGCAGCCAAUUGCUGCUAGGAGACAGGCUGGGCACAGAUCAGUGGCUGCUGAGCAACUGGGUAUUUGGCAUCAUUUUUAUGUCUUGGGGUUUAUGACUCCCUCCUUUUAGUGUCUCCCUUUUAAUCAAAAAAGUUAUUAAAUAUUACCAUAUUUUAUUUUAUUUCCAUUAUUGAACUUUCCAUACCUCCACCCACACAUUUAACCUUUUCUUCUGAUUCUCCUCCCCAUCCCACUAGGGUUGGGGGAGAGGCCAGUGGCUGCAUGGUGCUUAGUUGCCAUGUGGGGUUAAAGCACAACAGCCACCACUCACCUGCCCCAGCAGCAUCAUCUCCAGGCAUCUCUGUGGACACCCCCAUCCCACCCCAGACCCUGUCACCACAUUCCCCCAAGCA